AACUACUUUGUACCCAUAGGUUUCACUGUGAUUUUUUUUUACCAAGAGAUAUGUAUAGCGCUGUGGCCCUGCAACAAAUACAUCCCGGUAGUUUCAAGAAUACGGCUGACUCCAUGGGUGGCAAUUUCGCCGGUUCACUUCCCGAAGAUUCACCAGAUAAUUCCAAGGGCUCUUCCGCAACCGCUAAUAACGCCCUCAAUGAUGAUCAAAUUUACCAAUGGGUCAGUGAGCUAGUCACGGGGGCCAACAGAGAAAGGGCGUUAUUGGAGUUGGGAAAGAAGAGAGAACAGUACGAUGAUUUGGCAUUGGUGUUAUGGAACUCGUUUGGAGUGAUGACCGUGUUGUUGGAGGAGAUUGUAUCGGUAUAUCCGUACUUAAGUCCUCCAUUACUCACGGUUUCUGCCAGCAAUCGGGUUUGUAACGCAUUGGCCUUGUUGCAGUGUGUGGCAUCCAACUCGUCCACUAGAACCCUUUUCUUACAGGCUAACCUCCCAUUAUACUUGUACCCAUUUUUAUCAACAAACACCAGACAGAAACCAUUUGAAUAUUUGCGGUUAACCAGCUUGGGAGUCAUCGGUGCCCUCGUGAAGAACGACACCCCUGAGGUCAUCAACUUCUUACUCACGACCGAAAUUGUACCCCUCUGUUUGAACGUGAUUGAAAUCUCGUCUGAAUUAUCCAAAACGGUGGCCAUCUUCAUUUUGCAGAAAAUCUUGUUGGACGACUUGGGCUUAUCAUACAUAUGCACCACCUACGAACGGUUCCAUACGGUUGCUGCUGUGUUGCUGAAGAUGAUUGACCAACUAACAUUGGCUAACCUUAGUGCUGGUGCCGACACCAGUGGUAACGACAAGCCCGAUGCCGCUGCCAGCAACAGCAACAGCAACAGUACCGGCCGGUUGUUGAAGCACGUGAUCCGGUGCUAUAUGAGAUUAAGUGACAAUUUGGAGGCCAGAAAAGCGUUGGCAUCGAUUCUCCCUGACUCCUUGAGAGACGGCACGUUUUCCGACAUUUUACAGGAUGACGUGGCCACCAAAAAGUGUUUGGCCCAGCUCUUGGCCAACAUCAGUAACCCGUAGAAGUGUAUAGUUUCGUGUAUAGUAACAGAUAAAGGUACCU